AUGAGAGGUUUCAGCUCCACGGUCACCUACAAUAAGUUGAGAAGUUUCACCUCCACGGUCACUUUCAAUAAGUGGAGUAGUUUCAGCUCCACGGUCACCUACAAUAAUUUGAGAAGUUUCAGCUCCACGAACACCUACAAUAACCUGGGAGGUUUCAGCUCAACGGUCACCUACAAUAAGUGGAGAAGUUUCAGCUCCAAGGACACCUACAAUAAUUUGAGAAGUUUCAGCUCCACGAACACCUACAAUAACCUGGGAGGUUUCAGCUCCAUGGUCACCUACAAUAACCUGAGAGGUUUCAGCUCCACGAACACCUACAAUAACCUGAGAGGUUUCAGCACCACGGUCACCUACAAUAACCUGAGAGGUUUCAGCACCACGAACACCUACAAUAACCUGAGAGGUUUCAGCUCCACGGUCACCUACAAUAACCUGAGAGGUUUCAGCUCCACGGUCACCUACAAUAACCUGAGAAGUUUCAGCUCCACGGUUUACAGCUCCACUCCGAGGUCACCCUACAAUAACCUGAGAAGUUUCAGCUCCAAGAACACCUACAAUAACCUGAGAGGUUUCAGCUCCACGAACACCUACAAUAACCUGAGAGGUUUCAGCUCCACGGUCACCUACAAUAACCUGAGAAGUUUCAGCUCCACGAACACCUACAAUAACCUGAGAGGUUUCAGCACCACGAACACCUACAAUAACCUGAGAGGUUUCAGCUCCACGGUCACCUACAAUAACCUGAGAGGUUUCAGCUCCACGGUCACCUACAAUAACCUGAGAAGUUUCAGCUCCACGAACACCUACAAUAACCUGAGAGGUUUCAGCUCCACGGUCACCUACAAUAAGCUGAGAGGUUUCAGCACCACGGUCACCUACAAUAACCUGAGAAGUUUCAGCUCCACGAACACCUACAAUAACCUGAGAGGUUUCAGCUCCACGGACACCUACAAUAACCUGAGAGGUUUCAGCUCCACGGUCACCUACAAUAAGUGGAGAAGUUUCAGCUCCACGGUCACCUACAAUAACCUGAGAAGUUUCAGCCCCACGGUCACCUACAAUAAGCUGAGAAGUUUCAGCACCAAGAACACCUACAAUAACCUGAGAGGUUUCAGCUCCACGGUCACUUACAAUAAGUGGAGAAGUUUCACCUCCACGGUCACCUUCAAUAAGCUGAGAAGUUUCAGCUCCACGGUCACUUACAAUAAGCUGAGAAGUUUCAGCUCCGAGGUCACCUACAAUAAGUUGAGAAGUUUCAGCCCCACGGUCACUUACAAUAAGUGGAGAGGUUUCAGCUCCACGGUCACCUUCAAUAAGUGGAGAAGUUUCAGCUCCACGGUCACCUACAAUAAUUUGAGAAGUUUCAGCUCCACGAACACCUACAAUAACCUGGGAGGUUUCAGCUCAAUGGUCACCUACAAUAACCUGAGAGGUUUCAGCACCACGAACACCUACAAUAACCUGGGAAGUUUCAGCUCAACGGUCACCUACAAUAAGUGGAGAAGUUUCAGCUCCACGGUCACCUACAAUAAUUUGAGAAGUUUCAGCUCCACGAACACCUACAAUAACCUGGGAGGUUUCAGCUCCACGGUCACCUACAAUAACCUUAGAGGUUUCAGCUCCACGAACACCUACAAUAGCCUGAGAGGUUUCAGCUCCACGGUCACCUACAAUAACCUGAGAGGUUUCAGCUCCACGAACACCUACAAUAACCUGAGAGGUUUCAGCUCCACGGUCACCUACAAUAACCUGAGAGGUUUCAGUUCCACGAACACCUACAAUAACCUGAGAGGUUUCAGCUCCACGGUCACCUACAAUAACCUGAGAGGUUUCAGCUCCACGAACACCUACAAUAACCUGGGAAGUUUCAGCUCCUGCAGGAACCCGGGAUAUAUCAGCUCAAGUGUCAACUUUAACAACAUUUAUGUAGCUCCAGUGUCAACCCCUGUAACUAGGGUGUGA